CCCAGCAGUCAAGCCAUGCGAGCCUGUCCCGAGUGGGUUCCUGAAACUCGGGGUGGGGUAGUUAUAAUCACAUGCCUGCGGCCUAGGGUCCGCAUGCCCGCAUCCCAAUACAAGCUCCGCUGGGAUCCCUGGGCCCUGUUCAGGCAGCUCUUCCACCCCGCCCGCCUGGCCCGGAAAGAAGGCGAGGCGAGGAGAGGCGAGGCGGAGCUUAGACCAGCGAGGCUGUGCGGCGGCUCCGUAGGGCUCGGUGUAGCUCCGCUCCGUAAGCCGGAUAGAUCCGCUCCGGGUUUCUGCGCUCGCCUCCUCCCCCACCCGGCUCAGCCCGGCCUUUCCUCUCUCUCGGUCUCUCUCCUUCUCUCCCUCCCUCUUGCAUCUACCCCUCCCCCUCCCCUCCGCCCGAGCCGCCGCCUGGGGCCGAUCCGCGCAGCUCCGAACAUGGCUGAAGUCGGGGAGGACACGGGCGCCCGGGCCCUGCUGGCACUGCGCUCGGCGCCCUGCAGCCCGGUGCUGUGCGCCGCGGCCGCUGCGGCUGCCGCUUUCCCCGCGGCGCCGGCUCCAGCGCUGCCGCCUCAGCCGCCGCCGCCGCCGCCGCCGCCGCUGCCGCUGCCGCCGCCGCCGCCACCUCCGCCGGCGUCCGCUGCUCCCCCGGCGGCGCCCCAACAACCGGCGCCCCCGCCGCUACCGCUGCCGCUGCCGCCGCCGCCGCCGCCUGCGGGCCUGGGGGGAGCCCCAGCCGGCUCUGCCGCUGGGGGAGCGGCGGCGGCGGCGGCGGCGGCAGCAGCAGCGGCGGCGGCGGCGGCCUCGGUGCGGCAGAGCCCUGGGCCGGCCCUGGCCCGGCUGGAGGGCCGCGAGUUCGAGUUCCUCAUGCGGCAGCCCGCCGUCACCAUCGGCCGCAAUUCAUCGCAGGGUUCCGUGGACCUCAACAUGGGCCAUUCGAGCUUCAUCUCUCGCCGCCACCUGCAGCUCAGCUUCCAGGAGCCGCACUUCUACUUGCGUUGCCUCGGCAAGAACGGCGUCUUCGUGGACGGGGCCUUCCAGCGCAGGGGCGCCCCGGCCCUGCAGCUCCCCAAGCAAUGUACCUUUCGAUUUCCCAGUACGGUUAUAAAGAUCCAGUUCACAUCUCUGUACCAUAAAGAAGAAGCUCCACCAUCUCCCCUUCGACCUCUUUACCCUCAAAUUUCCCCUCUGAAGAUCCAUAUUCCGGAGCCGGAUCUCCGGAGCCUAGUCAGUCCCAUUCCUUCUCCUACUGGCACUAUCAGUGUUCCCAACUCCUGUCCAGCUAGUCCUCGUGGUGCUGGAUCCUCAGGAUAUCGUUUUGUUCAAAAUGUCACUUCGGACUUGCAGCUGGCUGCAGAAUUUGCAGCAAAGGCAGCUUCAGAGCAGCAGGCAGACACAUCUGGAGGGGACAGCCCAAAGGAUGAAUCAAAACCACCAUACUCUUAUGCUCAGCUAAUAGUUCAGGCUAUAUCUUCAGCCCAAGACAGACAGUUAACACUAAGUGGGAUCUAUGCCCAUAUCACCAAGCAUUACCCUUACUACAGGACUGCUGACAAGGGCUGGCAGAAUUCUAUUCGACACAAUCUCUCCUUGAACCGUUACUUUAUUAAAGUUCCACGUUCUCAGGAGGAGCCUGGAAAAGGUUCCUUUUGGCGAAUUGACCCAGCAUCAGAAGCCAAGCUAGUAGAACAGGCAUUCCGGAAACGGAGACAGAGAGGAGUUUCCUGUUUUCGAACCCCUUUUGGGCCUUUAUCAUCAAGGAGUGCUCCUGCUUCACCUACUCAUCCGGGGCUAAUGUCGCCUCAUUCUAGUGGCCUACAGACUCCAGAGUGCCUGUCUCGGGAGGGUUCACCCAUUCCACAUGACCAUGAUUUUGGGUCAAAAUUAGCCUCUGUUCCAGAGUAUCGGUAUUCACAAAGUGCACCUGGGUCUCCUGUUAGUGCUCAGCCAGUGAUAAUGGCCGUUCCUCCCCGACCGUCAAAUCUCGUGGCCAAACCAGUUGCUUACAUGCCAGCUUCAAUAGUGACUUCACAGCAGCCUUCUGGUCAUGCAAUUCAUGUUGUGCAGCAAGCUCCCACUGUUACCAUGGUCAGGGUUGUGACCACAUCUGCUAAUUCAGCUAAUGGAUACAUACUCACCAGUCAGGGCACAGCAGGAAAUAGCCAUGAAGCAGCGGGCACAGUUUUGGACUUGGGCAGUGAACCAAGAGCAUUGGAAGAUAAACCUACGAUUGCAUUCGCGACAAUUCCAACUGCCAGCCGAGUCAUCCAGACAGUUGCCAGUCAGAUGGCUCAGGGAGUUCCAGGACAAACAGUUACAAUACUUCAGCCAGCAACACCAGUGACCAUUGGGCAGCAUCAGCUCCCAGUUAGGGCAGUGACACAAAAUGGAAAGCAUGCUGUUCCUACCAGUAGCAUCACUGGCAAUACUUAUGCCCUUACAAAUCCACUGCAACUUCUCGCAGCCCAGGCUAGCUCCUCCACUCCUGUCGUGGUUACACGGGUGUGUGAAGUGGGCCCCGAAGACCCUGCAGCCUCCUCGGGGGAGCCAGAUGUCAAAAGACCUCGGUUGGAGGAACCCAGUGGAACUGUUGUGGCACAGACAGGAGUGAUAACAUCUACAACCCCACAAGGGCAAGGAACCGGUGAAUGAAGUACCUGGGAAAGGAGCUGGAAUAUAGGUGGAGCAGAAGGUGCAUCAAAAGGAGUGGUAGAACAGAAGCAUAACUACCUAAACAGCCACUUAUCUUUACAUGAGAUAGGAAAGACAGCUCCAUAGCUCAUCAGAUCUCGAGGUGCCAAACAGAUUGGGAAAAGCUUCCAUCUACCUGUACCUGGAAUUCAGCUCAGCCUUUACUUUUGUUUUUCUCUUCCAUACCUUUUAGUUAAAAAAACAAAAACAAAAACAAAAAAACAAAAAACAAAAAACCCACAUAAACAAAUACAGACAACUGAUUGUAUGACUGCUGGGAAUUCUUUUUUUUUUUUUCAGCACCUCCUAUCCUUCCCUAGCCUUUUUCUUCAAGAGGCCAGGGAAGAGAUUGCAGUUCAGUAUCUCAAGGAAUGUAUCACAAAUGUCUGCUCCAUAAGAAGAAGGUUCCUUAUUUCUCCAAUGCCUUAAUGCUGCCUCAGAGUUUUGACAUUGAUAUUCUUAAGGAAGCAGCCUUGACCAUCAUGGGAAGACUGACACAGGUUAUCAUAGUGACAGCAUUAAAGUAGCAUGGUACCCAACAAACAAUCCUUUUAAAGAAAAAAGUAAUUGUAUUUAGAAUGAAUUCUUAUUUAUGUAGUAGGUUGAGAGCAGGUUGUUGGGGUGGGGACCAGGGGGUAGAAUAACAGGAAUUGACCAAUUUGUUAUUUCAUAAAUGUCUUUUUUUCAUAGAAAAGCAAAAGAGAAGGUAUUGAUAUUAGUAUUAUUUUUAACUGGUUUGGUUUUGACCCCUCAAUGUUUCUUGCUUUGUUCAAACAUAUACCAUCUGUUUUUAAAUUAAGCCUAUAUACGUCUUGGACAGAAGUCAAGGGAAUAAUCCCCCCCCCCUUCUUUUGUUUUCAUUUUUGUUUUUGUUUUACAUGCAUGAUGCAUGCGUUAAUCACACCAUGGAGUUAUAAUCCACAGUUGUAACUGUUAAUGUCAUAUUAUGGGAAAUUAUGAAAGCUUCCUAUAUUAGAACAUGUAUUUGUCUCAGAAUUGUUGGAAGUCCUUUGGUUGUAAGACUGGUGAAAAACUAAUGGACUAAAUCAUAACAAUAGUACCCAGGUUUCAGUAUUUGGAGUGGAUGUUCAUCAGAACUGAGCCUUGAUGCUGUCUUCACUGCAGUAGUAGUAAAGUUGAAAUAACUAGGCGUUCUAGACAGAAAUAUUUGGCUCACUUGAUAUGAACGAAAAUAGAACCAGGGGUUUCUCAGAUGUUUCACAAAAAAUCAAACUGUUCUCUCCAUGACCUAAUAAGACCUGAUAUUCUCAGCAUAGCUCGAUGCAAUUUUCUUAUAAUCUCAAUCUUUUUAUUUAAACUUCAUCCAAAUUUCUGUUUUCUUUCACAGGUUAUUAUUGCAGUCAGAAAAUACUUCUUUUGUCUAAAACACCAAAAUCUUUUGGUUCAAUUCAAGGCAAUGAAAUUACCUUCCCAAUUAAUGAGGUUACUCACUUUCUCUCAAUGUUUAUUUACCCUGCCUAAUUAGCUUUGUUGCCAAAAAUGAAUAUAUUAAUAACAGUGCCCUCUGAAGAAGGAAAGAGAACAAAGUGUUUCACUAUAAUGAAUCCCCUCAGGAAAAUGACUUCUAAACUUGUAUACGUGGAAGUUUCAACUAUGUCAAGUAUAUUGAAAGGAGGUGGGAGCAUAUGGAAUAUUAUUUUCCUGAUUUUUAUCAAUCUGUUUUCCUGAGCAGUGUGUAGGAGGGAUGAAGGAAUGCUUUGGGUAGAAAAUUCUCUUUUAUUUUGUCAAAUAUUCUGGUGCUGCUUCUCUCAAUAGUCAUCAUUAGGAAAAAAUGUACACAAAAUGAAACUAUCAGGAAAUGUUUUUUAUUUUAUUGGAAUUAAAAAAAGCCAGAAGUACCUUCCUUCUUUCCCCCAACCUAAGUAGCUCUAUUUAGAACUGGUUCUUUAUAAGCCCUGUUAGAAAAUUGUCAGUGGUGUUCACAACUUCUCCAUAAAAUAAAGGAGACAAAUUAAAGGCAAGAAAAUUUCACAGGAAUUAGAAACUAACCAAUAUUUUUCUGCUUUAGAAUGAAAAAAAUUAACUGCUUAUUUUCUUUUUAAUAAUUUAAGGCAGUGGGCAUUUAACCCACUUUUAGAUAUUAGCAAUUUGCAGUCAGAACCCAUUGAUUUAACCAGAAGUUUAAGAGGGAAGGUGGUCUGGUGAGACACUAGGGAAAGAGAACUAGCUCUACCACAAUUGCCCUUCACACUAUUGUGUCCUCUUCAGUCGGAAUCAGAGGGAACUGGCUCCUCUUAGAAAAAAUUACUGAACCCUUCGAGAAAUACUCUAAUCGGUUCAAUAAAGAAAAAAAAAAGGAAAAUACAUAUAUGUGACUAAAUUUUAAAACAUUUUUUACAUCCAUGCAAUUUGAAGUAUUAAAAAAGUUUUCUGAGCAGUGGGAAUGAGUUAACCAGCAAUGCAGUUCUCAGAGAUACUUUACCCACCUUUAAUGAUGAUAAAUUAUGCUCCAUUCCACACUUACAUUUUCUUAAAUUUGUGUGUGUGUGUGUGUGUGUGUGUGUGUGUGUAUGUAAUUGAGAGAGAGAGAGAGAGAGAGAGAGAGAGAGAGAGAGAGAGAGAGAGAGAGAGAAUGAGAGAAUAAGUUGAAUGAGAGAUGAAUGAUGAUGAGUUAAUUGUUGUCAGACAGGCUUUAUUCUGCCCUGACAGCUUCAAUUACUAACAGAAAUAGGGCCAUGUUCAGGUUAGAGGAUCUGUAAUUAGUGACUUUUUAGGGCCACCAGUUGCUUCUUUCCUAUCCUUAAUUAGUGUUUGUUCUAAGUACUGCUUAUGUAUAAUCUAGGAGAGGGAAAAGGCUUAAGGUGGUGGGAAAUACAUUUCGUCUUCAAUUAUCAUGAUUACCACAGACUUUCUCCUUUCGAAGCAGGGAUUUCCUGCAUAGAACACUCCAUGUUGGGAGGUUAGAAGAAGACAGUGACUCACUUUUUUUCCUUAGUAUUUGUCUCUAUCUUUUGCUUCAUCUGAACUUAGUGCUCCCAUUUGUUUGUUUUUCUGAUGUCAGAAAGCACUGUUUUAUCUAUGUAAACGUUAUAUCUUAGUACUGGUUAGUCCAUAAUUGGAAAAAAAGGAUGGUGAGGGAAAUUGCAAAGUUUCAGUGGAAGGAAUUUCCUCUUCUUGAGAUUUUUGGCACCCUAAGUUUCUUCAAGAGCUGCAUGAUGAAGGAACUAAAAAGGAUUGAGACCAGGAGAAAUGUGGUGGACAUCGGGGAAAUUAUUACCCAUAUAGAUCCUUUAUUUUGUAAUAACCUAAGAAAGGUGUAGAUUAUAGCUAGGAAAUACUGCUUAAUGGCUUCUAAGCCAAUGAUUGUGGCAGAGAUAAUUUGGCCAAAAUAGGAUGUGUGGUGGCUUUAGAAAUUCUUGGACUUUUAUCAUUUGGGGCUAAGACACAGAAAGCAGUUAUGUGUCUGUCUGGUAGUUUUUUAAUCCUGGGAUUUGUCUCAUUUUUGUCUUCUAUCUUAGUACAUUUUUCAUAUUUUCCUCCUGCCCUUUUUUUGCUUCUUACCUGAAAACAAGGAAAUUUUCUUAUAAGGAAUUUUAAUUUUUAAAAAUCCAAGAAAACAGGCAUAAAUAAAAUUAUAUAUACAGGAACUUUAGAAAAUCCAAAAGAGAUGUGCCAGUUAGCCUACAUCUCUUUCUUCUCCCUAUAUGUGGUUUUGUGGUGAUACUGGAAUAUAUAUAAGAACAGUACUUCACAAAUGACAAGCUCUUAGAACAGUUGGUAGGUAAUUUUUAACUGUGUGUUGGUAUUUGAAUAUCAAUUUAUAGAGUCACUUAUUAAGGCAUCACAACCAAAGGUUAUGCUUAAGUAGUCAAUAUGUGAUUAACGUUAAGCACCAAAGGUCAGUAACUAUGUUAUUUUAUUGAAUCUUCACAUAUUAGAGUGUAAUACUAAGCACUAUGGGGAAACAUAGAAGAAAUAUCAGGGUCCCUAACCUCAAGGAGUUUAUUACUCUCUAAGGUUUUUUCCCAUGAGUUUACCUCUUUCUGUCAGUACAACAUCCAUCUGUUCUUGCGGAAUAAUCGCCCUUCUUACCUUUUUGUUCCUAUUCUUUGGGGUUUUUUAAUAAUGGGAUUUUGCUCAACUCUCAGUUCUUUUACCUGUAAGCAGAAUAUAAAAUGAUAAUUAAAAUUAACUUUUGUGAAAGCAAAUGGCAUCAUUCCCUUAUUUCUUCUAAAUACAUAUAGAUAUAUAAAUAAUUUCCUCAUUUGGUUUGAAAAAAUGAGCUUUUCCACCCCAGAACUGGGAUAGGUGCCCUUAGUUCCAAAAGAUUUUUUUCACUCAAAUGUACUAAAAUGGUGUUACAGACUCACUUUUUCUUAUAAGUGUUGCUUGUUUCCCUAUCCUACCAUUAAUUACCAUGGUAACUAGUGCUUUCAGGUUUACCUGUUCUUUAGUGGUAGUUUUACUCCCUGGAUGAAACUGCAUUUUAAGGUUAUCUGAAUCCAGUAGAAGAGAUUGGAAGCACUUCCACUAAGCCGUUUAGAUGGGAAUAAAGAAAAAAUAUAGAAUGAACGGUGACUUUUAAGUCUAGAGUAAUGUUCUGUCCAUCACCCCCCCCCCCCCCAAGUCUAUUUAGAGGUGAAAGGAAUAUCACAGUCAUUAUGCUUGCAUGCUUAUAUUGUUCAAACCUAAGUGAGAGAUGUUAUUAUUUAGAAAUUGACUACUACGUGGGUGUGCAAGCAUUUUGCAUGAUAACUGUUAGUCCUAGGGCUAUGAGAUAUCCUUCCAUUAAUUGUCAGUUGGAGUAUUGUGUUGCACACAGUGGGAUAGGAUUUCAUCUGACUUCUGUUAUUUCUUCAAAAUAAUUAAGGAUUACCAUGACAGUAGCAUUUCAAAGUGAGGUAUGUGGAUCAACAGGCUUUAUUAGAAAUUGAGUUUUCCUUAUGUCCUUAUGAGUGAGAGAGAGAGAGAGAACACCAUUUUUUGUUUUAUAUUUUCUAGAGUAUUAUAUGUCUUUUUACUUUAGAAUUGUGUUAGUGAGACCAGGAGCAGGUCUCAUGUCAUUACCUUUUAUAUAAAAUUUUGGCUGAAUGUGGAAAAGUAUUAGAAUCUUCUGUCUAUACAUUAUUAAGCAUGCAGAAUUUGAACAAAAAAUAAAAUGCUUUUGAGAGGCAGAGGUUACAUAGCAUUGCCAUAUUUUCUUUCUUUUCUUUUUUUACUCAGAAGCUUUGCAGUUAAAUGACUUCAUCUGAUAUAAGGAACUAUUAUCCUUGUCUUUGUUUUUUGCCAUUUCUAGUUUUAUCUUCUUUGCCUUUCUUCUCUUGAGAGAAUACCUACUUUGGGGAAAUCUCUGCAACCUCCAGACAUUUAAAAAAAUACUUUAAAACAACCAUUGUGCAUAUGUCUGUCUCUUGUACCUCUCUGCUGAAGAGAGCACUACUAUGCUAAAAGCUAACGACUGGCCAAAAUGAUUGUAAAACACUUCACAAAUAUAAAGAGAUAUAUGAAUGCUAAAUGGUGUCAUCAUUGUCGUGGGUUAUACCUCGUAUAUAGAAAUAAAAUAAAAGCCCUCUAGUUUAUUUAAUCCACAAUUUAGUGUUUUUUCUUAUAAUGGAAUUUUUUACCUACAACCUCAUUGUGAGUUGUCUUUAUUUUAGUAUUACCUAGGAACAAUGUUAUUUAAUAAAAAAAUUUUUUUUUUAAUUUUCUUGCUGCUAUAGAGACCAAAUUGUUAUAUAAAUAGGAUACAACUGCUUCAGAGAUUCACUUAAUCUCCUUGAGGUGAGGGUUAAAUAAACCUGCAGUGGAAGUCUCUUGACUUAACUAGAAUCACUUUGUGUCUCCACUUCCUACCGUUUCCAAAUUGUGUCCUUCUAUUUAUGACACUCAUUAGAAGUUCUUUCCCCAUAUCCUUUCUUCCAUAUCAGGGUUUUUUAAAUGCUCAGGAGAUGGUUCCGUUCAUACUUAUAUACAUUGUAUCUAUUAUCUCAUUUUGAUAUAACAGCUUUCAACAUUUUAUCUUUAAAUAAAACAAAGUUGCUACAUUUAGUACACAGUAAAUGAUUUUAAAAUGUUGCAUUAUAGGAAUAAUUAGUUGUGGUGUAUCGUUUCAUGCAAAGAGACCUCACUCCAGGCUCCUGCUGCCCAAAGCAUUGUGGAAGUUUGGUCAGGACACUGCUUUCUUUGGAUCAGCAUCCAUCAAGUUGCUCCUCUCAUGUAUUUGCUUGACUUUACUGGAGCAGCCUUUGGUUCUUCUCCGCACAUUACAUCUGCCUCGUGGAUCCUACUCCACACAGUACAGUUGUAGCAAAGUUUCCAUCUCAAUUGCCUGGAAGAAUGGUGUUUGUUAUAGAACCUUUACCUUGUGAUUGCGGUAUAAAAUACUGCCAUUUCACUGAAUGUGUUGGGAAAGCAAUUCCUUAAGCUAAAGAAAAAAAGGUAUAAUUGGAGGUGUAAUUUUGAUUUAGUUGUUUUAAGGCAAUAAAUUUAUUUAGGGUGUUGGCUUUGGAGAUUUCAGAUUGAAGAAGAGAGGCUAGUUCUUUAAACUUUUAUUUAACAUUUGCUAUUAGCCAUAUGACAUCAAAAAAGAAAGAUCUAACCCUUUCCUACCCUAACCCCUUCUAAAUUCAGAAAUGAGCCAUAACUCAUUAAGAGAACAGAAAAUAAAUUCCCUCACAUUUAUGUCCCAAAUUCUCAAAUGUGUUUAUGAAUAUGUAUAUCAGAUAAUUUGUAUGUAUGCAUAAUGAUCCCCUUUGAAUGUAAAUUAAUGGUAAUUUAAAUUACUUUUAUACAAAUGGAUAUUAAAACCAGGCACUAACCCUAGGAGAAUGUAGUACAUAAUGUUAGCAUAGAAAACAAGAGACUGAGCUUACUGUCCAGUAAUGAUAUCCUUUCUCUUACCUGGCAAGACUAUAUUGUACCUCCAUUUGAAGUCUCCUUGACCCAGUGAAGGUUCCCUUUUCCCUGAUUUUUCCAUAUAGUUCUGGAUAUGUAAGCUAUGUUUCUACUAGGAGUGAUCUUUCUUAUAACCAUUCUUCAAAUUUGUAUCUCCUUUAAAGUAAAGAAAAACAUGUACUUUUGGAAUGCCUGAGUCCUAGGAUCCCUUCAAAUUAUUUUUUAUAUUAUAUUGCUGAAAUUUAUAAUUGCUUGAAAUAGAAAUUUUUCCCUGGCUUCCUUUUGAUGAUGAUGAGGGGGGAUAGAAAGAGAAGGGAAGUUUACAGAGCGAAUUAAUAUUGAUGCCCUGUCCAUGCAUCUGAAUUUAACAUACCAGCUACAAACAGGAUUUAAACUUCCACUCAAAAACUGUGACAUUGCAGUUAUGAGAGCAGCUACUCCAAGUGACAUUUCUGUUUCCUCUUCUUUUCUGGAGACACAGAAACCUGUCCCUGAAGUUUUAAGCCCCCAUUGGACUAUGACAUUAUCCCCUAAGGCUAAUCAUUAUCAAUGUUUAUGUAAUUAGCAUUUUUAUUACAUUUGCUACCCUUUGAGUACAGAUUUAAUUUUAUGGCAUUAGGAGAAAUUAUAACUAACUUGGCAUACUCAGAAAGGAGUUCUGCCUUAAAGUAGGAACAGAAUGACUAACAAGCAUUUUCAUUGUAUUUCUUCCAUAAACCCAAUUAAAAUCUUUUCCUAGGACUAAUGAGUUUCAGGCAUUACCGUAGAUCUUCUCAUCCUUUAGGCAAUGGCCAAGCCAUUUUCUGUCUAGUGCUUUAGGAAAAAGCUUUUUUUAAAAAAAAUUCAGUUUAAAGCUACUAACAUGCUUUUAUGGGGGAAAUGUUAUUGUCAAAAGUGGUCAGUUUUUGCAUUUUUCUUGUCACACACAAGCUUCAGUAAUGGUUUCUAGGAAGAUAAAACUAGAGUAAUGUUGACAAAUUCUGGACUUCAACAUGAAUAGAGUCAUGGAAGAAUUUAUUUGAUCUAAUUUACAUUAAUUAAUGGUCACUAAAAAGGUAGCUGUUAAGGAUAAAUCCAACAGUUCCCCUUUUACUACUUGAUUAAGAAGUAAACCAGCUACAUCUUGAUUCCUUAGCUUUUAGUAGACAUGGUGUCAGGGCUAUUGUAAUGUUUCAGAAAUUAAAAAAGAAUAAUUCUACCAAACAAAGAUGACCUUUCUUUUUUAAAGGGAGCUGAAAUAUCUGAGAAUUCUGGAAGUCUUUCUUCACUCUGGCAGCAUAGGCAUUUUCAAAUCCAGCCACAGCUUCAGUAGAAUAUAUAGCUAUAUAGGUAUUUGCUACAUUCAGAAGGUGAGAGUUGACUGUUAAAUGUUUCAUGUCCCUCAUAUGCAAAGAUGCUCUGACAACAGGAUGUGCCCUUUGGCAGUGACUUUCUGUUUGUUGUGAUGAGUUGUGUGGAACCAUCCAUACUCUCAUUCCUUAGUCUUUGUGAACUAUGGCACAAAGUGUGAGCCUGCUGCAGUUUAGUGAAGUCCAAAGCUGGCUGUUAAGCAGAUUGGAUCGUUUCUCUACAGGAAGGUAUGACCUUACAUUUCAUUGUUCUUUAACUAACUGGUUUAGAUAAUAAACAUAAAAUCCAAAUGGAGAAACUUUUUUUAAAUUUAAAAACCAGCUGUUGCAAGACAGUUUUACCUAAAACCUUCUCUGAGUUUGUAUGGAUUGUUUCCUGUAGAAGGGAAGAUGAGAUAAAAAAGGGGAAAAAAACCCUCUAGAUUCCAGAAUAUCUCUUUGGACUUAGCUAAAAUCAGGAAGACAGAGUCUCAGAUAUCUCUUACAUGUACAAAUGGCUAAAGAGAUGCUAUAUUUAGAGUCUCUUCCUCUGCCUGACAGUUUGGCACUUAAUUUAAUAGAGAGGAUAAGAUAAAGCCAGCUUUUUGUUUUUGUUUUUUCUUAUCCAAACAUGAAUUCUCCUGUAAAGAUACUUUUGAGUGUGAGGAUGUGUGCAUAUGUGUGUAUGUGUGUUUUUAACAGUGGCUGUUUAAAGUGUUUUUCACAACAUGUUUAAUAAUCAGUGCUUUAAAAAGCAGAUGGUGUCUCUGUAAAGUGGGAACUUGGGUCUAUGGCAUUGGAUGUAAAUUUUAGGUCAUACCAUAUUGUAAUGUCUCACUCUCUGUUGGGGAAGGAGAACCAAACUGGUUUAUUUAUAUGAAUUGUGGGAAACUUAAGAAAGAUGAAAAACCAACUAACAGGGUAGUGAGGAAAGAGGACUAUCAUAAAGAUGGAAAAACCAGCAUCUAAGGUUAGACCUGUGUUUUCAUUUCAAAUGGGAUACAGUAUUUUUUUUUUAUAAGGAGCCAUACUUUUUUUUUAAAGUAAUUUGAGAUCUGAAUGUGAUUUCUAAUUGUAUCAGACGUUAAUGUUUUAAAGCUAUAACAAAGUUUAAAAUUUCUACUUUUUUUUCAUUUAUUUUAACUGUUCUGUUAUCUGUUAUCUAAAAUUGAUGUACGUGGUUGGGAGAAGUUUUGCUUCUCCUGUUAGCAUUUGUUUCUAUAACCGGAAAUAAAAUUAUAUAUUAAAGAGAUGACACCCAAAAAA